AUGGAUCUUUUUUUCCGGAAAGUAUCUUCUUACAAACAGGACAGUGUCUGGUCGUGGUUUAUUUGCUUUUGCUACACAAUUUGCAUGAUUUUUGUCGACGGAUUAACGUUCUCUCUCGGAGUAUUUUUCCCCGUUCUCAUGGAUUCGUUCAAUGAAAGCCGAGAAAGAACAGGUAAGUUAAAUUAUUAUUAUAACAAUUGUUGUUAAAAGCGCAAAGAAAGGGCGUUCUGCUUCUAACGUUUGAAACUACGAAAACGACCGAUUAAAUCAAGCGAAACGGCCGCGCGGGUUGCCGCGUGGCCGAUAAAUGCAUGGGCACCACGACUGAAAGAAACUGAAUAUAAACAUUACUCAGUCAUUAAUUAGAAAAUCGCAAAUACAAUUCCAUUGGUUAUUAUAAUCACAAAUUGAGCAAUCUCUGUGAUUGAUAUCCAGUCGAAUCCCGAUUUUUCGAAGCGCCUUAAACAAAUUUGGUUCGUAUUAUCGGGAGGUUUGAAAAAUCGCUGUAGAAAAGCUUCUUUGUAUCUGUUUGAAGAUUUAAGUAUGGGCAGGUACAGUCGACUCCCGAUAACUCGAACCUUUAAGGGAAAUCAAAAAAGGUUCAAGUUAUCGGGAGUUCGAAGAAAAUAGCCGAGAGUAAGGUAAAAAAAAAACAGUUUUUACUGCACAGUGAACAUUUUAGUCACAUUUAAUUGUAGAAAUGUCCAGUGAAAAUUAGAAGAUAAUUCUAGGUUAUAACUCAGAACGUAACGUAACAAAAGAUAGCCUAUAUAGAGCAUGCGUUUUACUGUUUUGAGAAGAAAAGCUGCUGCACGUUAGCCGGUGACAAUCAACAUCAGCUUCCAGUAAACUAUACUCCUACCACUCGUCUAAAAUUCAAGGUUUCGGACGCCAGUAUACGGCUUUUCUCCCGACUUUUUAAGGGCUCGAAACAUGGUGCGAGUUAUCGAGGGUAAAAUUAUAAUGGAAAAUGAACUAAGGGGAAACGAAAAUUGGUUCGAGUCAGAGCGGGAGUUCGAGUUAUCGAGGGUUCGAGUUACCGAGGGCAAAAUUACAGUGAUGCAGGGGAAAUCGAUUUUGGUUCGAGUUAGCGCGAGUUUCGAGUUAGCGAGGGUUCGAGUUAUCUGGAGUCGACUGUAUUUCGUGAUGAUCUUGUUAAGGUAUGGAGAAGGUGGAUUGUAGGUGACUAUGAAUGGAAUGCCAUGGCUACGUUUUUGUUGUAAGCGGCUUGGUUGAUCUCGUGUAACACGUUGUGCUUUCAAGUAUUUGACACGGGACAAUUCGACUUUUCGUAAGUGUAGCCCACUUCGAAUUCGUAGUUCUUUUAAGCGAUUCCUUCACUGUGGUUCCAAAGUCUUGGGCGUAGUUAAGAGCCCUAAAUGUUUUGUGUUGAAGUGAGAAACCUGGUGUAGGUUUUCCACCUGCGUUGUUUCAAGUUUUUUUGUACCUCGAUACAGACUUUACGACAUUUUACGACUUUUCGCGUCCCUCAAUGUUACCUUUUUCGCAGACGCACCUUUUUCGCGUAUUUCAAAAGCGUCAUAAAGAUAUCCAAGGGUUUUAAGAAAUGAAACUGUUUUAGAAAGAUCAAUUUAAAAACGAGCUUAAUAGUCUCAAUAGUUAGAACUGCAACAUCAGUUACAAAAAUAAUUUUUCGCAAGUACAAAUUCCUUGUACUUAACAGAAAGAUGCUGGUUUCUUUGAGCCAUCAAUUUCUUUUUGGCCAGAUCCAAUUCUAAGAGUCACGGUUUUUUUCUUUGGGUAGUAAUGUGUAACUUGACAAUCUUUUGGGUCCUUUUCCGAACACUGAAAUCUUGGACGAAUUUUUCGUUGUAUCAGUUGUCUACAAUCAGUUCUAUGACUCCCGCGUUCUGUUUUCCGGUACUGCCCUGGUGCCUUUUGCACAUAGUAAUAUCACUUAAUGUGCCAACCGGUCAUCAGCGGGACGGGAAAAAGUCAGAAAAUAGCAUUUCUGUUUGCAAAACUACGUUGCUUUCAUUAACAUCAACGAUCGUAUUCAGUAUGUAAUUAAUAGAAUGUCACUUAACCUUGCAUAAAGGAAGUUUGCGAUGUACAGUUGUGAACAAGAGAGGAUCAAAGUUCUUUAUCCUCUCUUGGUUGUGAAUAAAUACUGUAUAUUUAAGGACCAAACUCAACAACUAUGUCUCCUUCAUACAAAUUAAGAACCUAUAAUUAAGAAUCUACUUUGUCUUAGCCUAAAUUGUCAAUAACUACCCCAAAUAAAAGAACCUUUUUGCCAGACCUAAAAAAAUGUAGGUUCUUAUUAGCGGGUGUUUACUGUAACGUUUACUGUUCGAUUUUAUUCUGUCCAAGAUUAAAGGAAAACAGCCAACAGCAGACUCGACCCACACAUGGCUUCACCUCCGAUUCAAACCCACGCCACAUUGGUGGGGGGUUUAGCGCUCGCACCACUGUGCUGGUACUGCUGAUAUUCUCAUUGUUGUUGUUGUUUCGACUCGGGAACACUUUGCCGUCAAAAUUGACAUAAUUCUUUUGUGUUUCAGCAUGGUUUACAUCCAUAGUUGUAAGCGUAAUGUGCUUCACAAGUCCUGCUUCUGGUGGCCUCCUGAACAGGUUUGGGAUUCGCACUUCCACUAUAUUAGGAUGCCUGUUAUGCUCAUCUGCUCUUGCUAUGGGCUCUUUUGUUCCCACCAUUGUCACGCUAUACAUUGCCUUCAGUUUACCUUUUGGACUUGGCUAUGCGCUCAUAAACCUUACUUCUCCAAUUAUUGCGACCCACUACUUCAGGAAGAAAAGAACCAUUGCACUCGGUUUCUUAAUGGCAGGUCAAGGCAUUGGGGCAAUGACUUUAGCGCCAACCACACAAGCGUUAGUGGAUGUUUUUGAUUGGAGGAACACGUUCCGGGUAUUUGCAGGGCUUCUGGCUCUUACCUCUCUAACAGGAUGGUUACUUCAUAAAGGGAUUACUCCUCCAAAUGAACCAGCAGAAGUUGCACCAAAAGCGUUUCAAUUAAAUCUUGCGCUGUUGAGGAAACCCGCCCUGCUCGUUCUGAUGUUAACACGUAGUGUAUAUGCUUUCUGUCGGCUGACACCCUACGUUUAUCUGGUAAGCUCGUCAGCUGUGUUCUCAGGGGAACGGGAACGGAGAAAAGGCGGGGAGGGGAUGUUUGAUUAGGGUUGAUUAGGGGCAACAAAAGAUAAUUAUGAGGACAAAGUCACCUCCUAGAACUAGUAAUAGGCGUUUUUCAGCGAUGCACGUCAACCGGAAAUGAGUUUUUUUUUCAUUUUAAAGCAUCUUGACGCUACCAAAUUGGUAUUUCUAAGCGUCUUUACUAUAUUAUAGAGACGAUUUGUCCAAAAAUUUGGGCAAAACCACCGCCUAAAAAUGAAAAAAAGAUCACUUCCGGUUGACGUGCGUGCUCAAAAACGUCUUUGCUUAAGCUCACUUGUUACAUACGGCUGGUAUUAGAGACCCUGAGCCACAGAGCAUUGCCGGUGUGAGGGUACGAGAAAAUACUGGAAUCCACAAAUACGGGCCGGUUGACUGUCUCUUACCCGGGAAAACGCCGUGGCUGCCGGGUAGAACCAUAAUGCCAAUAACAAAUUUGUCAAAGCAUGGUCCCCUUUAAUACAAAGCCGGGUACCUCAGCUGUGUAAGCUAUAUUUCAUGUGACAAAUAAAUUACAUUCGGUUUGUACUUUAUUUCCAUUUGAUCCUAGAUAAAGUACUCUAAUGACGUGGGGAUUCCUGCCGACAAAGGCGCCACGCUGUUCAUGUUUAUUGGCGUUUUCGCAACUAUAGGUCGUCUUGGAGGAGGGUUUCUUUGUAAUCUAAAGUGGAUUAAGGCAAGAGUAUUAGUUCAAGCAUCCGCUUUUGCCAUGGGAACCUCGGUGAUAUUGCUGACACUGGCAAAAACUUACGGAGCAUUGGUGGCUAUUUCUAUUGUGUUCAGUGCGUCGGACGGAAUAUGGAAUGUUACUUUUCUUAUUGAAUGCUUGAAUUCGGUCGAGGAAUCUAAACAAGCCUCUGCAUUUGGAUUUACUAUGAUAUCAGCUGGAGUGUUUGCCUUAGGGGGGCCGCCAUUAAUAGGUUUGUGCUCUUCAAUGCAUUUACUGCUGACUAGGUUCUGACAAGAGAUAAUGGUUCUGACAAGUGCCAUCGAUAAAACCGUUAUCUGAAAAAAAAGGCUCUUUGCAUGACUUGAUCACGUGAUCAACUUUCGGUAAACACGAAAACAGGUUACUUAUGAAAAAUUUUGUUAGCAAAGGCUGAAAGAGCAAAUUAAAUAUAGGUAACCUGAGAAUUUUCAGCCGUAUAUCUCUAAAGAAGCGAUUGCAACGGCCGCCGAAAGUUUGAAGCAUUUGUAUGAGAAAAACAACUUUUGCCAUCCAGUCACCCUCGCAUGGUUUUCCAUAAAAGUCCUUGUAAUUUCGAAAUUUUCAAAAACUGUCAUGAAAUAUUUCCUUAAGCAUUACAGGGCUCAAACCUCCUUUUAAUUCAUAACAGACAAUUUGAGCCUUUAAAUGCGAAAGAAAAAGAUUACACGACAGUUUAAAAAUUUUAAAAUUUACAAGGAUUUGUAUGGAAAACCAUGCAAGCGUAACCACAGGGUCCUGAGGAGUUUCGUGUGAAUAAAUGAAUUACUUAUUUAAAGUAUCUCCUUGAAAAAUGUCUAUACCAGUCGCUUAGCACGAUUAAUUAGCCCAAUGGGAUCUUUAUGAAUCUACUAUAAACGAUUUCUUCGCUUAUUAUCUGACCCAGAUCGACUGUGUUGUUCGCCAUUUUGAAAAUAAAUAACCGCAAGCCAUAUCCUCGCUGGCGCACGGCACAUCGCCCGGAGGAUGACCGAAGGCUGUCGCCCAAAGGGCGACCGAGGCACGAAGUUCCGAGUGGUUUGCGGUCUAUAGAAUGUGUAACGAAACUGUAACGUGAUUAAAAUAACCCUUUUUUUCAGAGGUUUUCGACGCGUUUUGAUGUUUUAACGACAAACACAUCUCUUCUGGACCCUGGGCGUGACUGGAUGGCAAAACUUGUUUUUCUCAUACAAAUGCUUCUAACUUUCGGCGGCCGUUGCAAUCGCUACUUUUGAGAUAUACGGCCGAAAAUUCUCAGGUUACCUAAUUUCAAUAUGUUCUUUCUGCUAAAAUUUUUCAAAAGCGAACUGUUUUCUUGUUUACCGAAAGUUGAUCAUGUGAUCAAGUCAUGCAAAGAGCCUAUUGAUAAAUCGAUAAUUAUCGAUAACCACAUUUUGAUUUUGAUUGUAUCGGUCAAUCAAAAGAAAUCGAUGGCUAUUUUAAUUCGUUGUUAGCGCUAUCGAUUUUAUCUAUUUUAACGAUAUUAUCGAUUGCAUGAUCGUUCAUUGCCUUCGAAGUCCAAAAACCCACUUGGCCUCGUUUGAAAAACUUGCGAACAGCUAGCGAUUGGUGUUAUCCUAAGUUUUUAAGUUUACUCAUUUAUAACCUUUCUUUAUCCUGUUGAUUUGAAGAUGUUCUGUUAGAAUAGUGAGUGUAAUUUUUAAAAUAAAUUUUGCUACAAAUUUAUCUAAACCCACAUAAAUAAUGUACUAAUGUUCCGAAAACAUUAUCCCGUUCUUUACCAUUGUUAACCGCUAAAACACAUGGAAAUUUUAGCGCCGAUUAAAAUCGAUUACUUUGGUAAAAAUCAUUUACAUUGAUAAUUAUCGAUUGGCCACAACUUUUAUUGAUUUUCAAUUUAAUCAAUCGAUUUUGUCGAUAGUUAUCGAGUGUUAUAGAUUAUCGACUUUGUCGAUUGCACUAGUCAGGAUUUAACGCAAAUCUGUAUUGUACUUUUUUAAGGAGGAAUAUGCCGGGGCUGGCGGGGGCCGGAUAUUUUAACAACUCUAACUCUGUCACUAGUUAAAACUUACUUAGGGGGCUAUGAUUUCAUUCUAGACGCCCGUCACAUUUCCGAUUUUGACGUCAUAAUUAUAUUUCAUCAGGUUUCAUAGCUGACAAAUCUGGUAAUUACAUUGCCGCAUUUAUUACUGCUGGUGGAGCGGGAAUCGUUGCGUCACUCGUUCCGUUUCUUCUGGUUUGUGUAAAUCGAGGAUCGGAGAGAAACGUUGUUACAGAUAUUGAAGACUCAAUAAGUCUAGGAGAAUAUGGUGAUGUUACUGAAAGACAGUUACAGUUGCAGCAACGAAGCGGGGACGAUGCUCUAGAACAUAAGAGAAAAAGCUCCAUACUUCAAGGAUCUAAACAACAAAUCAAUGACAUACUGGAUAUUGUUUCUAGAGAAACUGUACUUUAG